AAAACCAAUCAUCAUCAUCAAGGUUCCAGCUCAUUUCCUAAAACGGGCUAGAAUGACGUAGAGACCGGUGUAGGGCAGGUUCGAAUGUCUAAGGUCUAGACUUUCCGGUAUUCACCUUAGCUUCCUUUGUCGUCGAACCGUUUCGACUCGUAACCUUAAAUACCUAGACUCUUUCUCCCCUCUUUCAAAGAAUCCUCUUCUCCGCCCUUACGAAGACUGCAUACUACGUAUCGAGCAACUAGACGAAUCACCCGAAUCAAGAAGAACAUCUAUAGAUCUUUGAUCAUCGAACCGCAGCUAUGGCUUCCGCAGAAGUGUGCCCCGUAGUCGGAACUACGAACCACACUCUCCCGCCCUCGCACCCCAAGAUCGACCUCUCGCAGCCGGGACAGACUUGCCCCGUCGUCGGCGCCAAAUCCGAGCACCAUACAAAGCUCCACCAGCACCCCUCGCUUCCCAGCGACGACGUGUCUUCCGCGACUACUAAAUCCGUCGGCUCGGCCGACGCCCAGGCCUGUCCCGCGUUGAGGGGUGUCGUGAACGAGCCCAAGAGCAAGGAGAUGGACGACCGCGUGUGCCCCGUCGUUGGUCCCGUCACAACCGUCCUGCCGCCUCACCACCCCAGCACGGCCAGCAAGGCCGACAGUGAUGUCUGCCCUGUGACAAAGGCAAAGGUUGGACAUCACAAGGAUAAGGUCAUUGUUCAUCCUGAGGUCGAGGGAGCUUCCGGCGUAUGCCCGGUGACCGGAGCGAAGCAAGAAUGAAAGCGAGAACCAAUUGAUCUACGCUAUUUAAGAACUACAACUUCAUGUAAUGGCUGGGCAUGGCAGAUUGUAUAGUACAAAAAAUGUAUACUCACUUUUACGCGAGCUUAUUAAUUACGCCGAUCUUUCCGAAGGUGUAAGGUAUGGGCAUCAUUUACUCUUACACGAGUGAAAAAGUAUAUAUGUUGGUAGAAAAGGAAUACAACAUGAAAUCGAAACCUAUUUAUGAGGAGUUAAUGC